ACUCACAUGUUGUGUCCGUGAACGGCACUGUUAUGGCCGUAGAAGUCCCGAAAUUAUGAGACCGUAGGAUCGGAGAGUACCACUUGUAACGUUAAUGUGCAAAGUUUAAUUUCUGCACUGCAUAACGGUCUUCGUCUACACGACUGUUUCUGUGGAAGGUGGGUGGCUAGAUGGCACACUGGGAAAAAUGGCUUGUUUGCAAUUAAUGGAUUUGGAAAGGCAGAGGCGCAAGGAAGAAAUACAGAAAGCCCUUGGAUUUAUACAGUCGUCUUUGCCUUAUCCAGAACCCGAAGGCUAUGAGGCGUUCCUGACCCAGCUAGUUUGCAAUCUGCUCGACGAGGGCAACGCGGUCUUCCGUGAUGGAGAUUGGAGGGAUGCGACGGUUAACUACAGCGAGGGGAUCAGCGUGGCGCGCUACGCUCAAGCCGAGGCCUUGAUCAUCCCCCCUGCACUUCUGGAGAGCCUCUAUGUCAACAGGGCGGCAGCGUACUACAACACCACAGACUAUGAGAGGGCUCUUCAGGACUGCGAAAGCGCCCUGGCUAUCUGCGAGGGGAGCCGCAGGGCAAUGUACAGGAAGACUCUGUGCCUGCAGGAGAUGGGCCGGCUGAGGGAGGCUUACGAGUGUGGGACAGCCUGCCUGCUCAUCGCCCCCCAUGACAAGCAGGUCAGCGAUCUGGCCCAGGAGCUUGCCACUAAACUGGGCCUGAAGAUCCGUAAAGCCUACGUCCGUCCGCAGGCUGAAUCUGUCUCAGGCGGGGGAGAUAGCAAUGGGGACACCAACAGUACUGAAGAGAUAUCUGCUAAUGGUCUGGAAUCCUUAAGUGACAUCAGCUCAGCCGGCAUAUCCAGUGUUCAGUGCAUCCCAGCCCCCCUGGCCACGCCCAUCCCCGUCAGCGACGACUCACCCUCUCCCACCAAGUGCCCCACGGUGCCCCAGGAUUCCCCCGAGAGCCCCAACCAGGGCACCCCUCGCGUACCCUUCUCCGUGCCUGUGUCAGAGCACCUGGUGCAGUGUGAGGUCAUUGGAGGGGAGAUCGAUGGCCUGCUGGACUGCAUCCCCAAGGGGGCUGAGGUCAGUGGGUCUCCGGUCCAGGGUGCCAUUCCCACUAACCUCCCCAACACAGCCGUUGGCCUGCGGCCCCCCUACUCUUCCAACAUGCCCGCUUCAUCGCCCCAGCUGCCUUCCCCCUUUUUCAACUCCUCUGUUAGCACUCUCAACUCUCUGGAGAGUUUUUCCACGCUCAGCACAGCUGAUGGCUCCAGUCAAGUUCUGGAUUCCUUGGACACCUUCUCGGCUGGAGCCGGUGGGGGAGGGACGCUGGACUCCUUGUCAGAGUUCACCCUGCCUGGAGGAAGAGUCUCGCACAGUUUCAUCCCCGGGCUGCGCAAUACAAAAUCUCUUCAUAGUAACGGGCCAGUCGGCUCCAACCUCUCCCUGCUGUCCCGCAACCCGCUGGCUGCCACCCAUGAGUUUCGUCAGGCGUGUCCCGCCUGCUACAGCCGCAUCGGCCCGCGGGUCAUGGACUACAAGUACCAGCCAGAGGCGGCGCAUCGCUGUAAGCGAGACAUCCUGCUAUGCCGACUCAAAGACAGCGAAGACCCCACCUGGAAGAGGGUGCGGCCCCGCCCCGCCCGCAACAACUUCCUGGGGGCGUUUGUGCUCUGCAAAGAGGUGCAGGAGCGGCAAGAGUGCAAGUAUGGGGAGAACUGCACAUUCGCCUACUGCCAGGAGGAGAUUGAUGUGUGGACACAGGAGCGGAAGGGCGCUCUGAGCCGGGAGCUGCUGUUCGACCCGCUGGGCAGCACCGAGAGGCGGGCGCUGAGCGUCACGCGGCUGCUGCAACUGCACAUGGGCAUGUUUAUGUUCCUCUGUGAGGAGUGUUAUGACAGCAAACCUCGAAUCAUCAGCAAACGAAGCAAAGAGAACCUGGCGGUUUGCUCCAAUCUCACCGCCCGGCACCCAUUUGAUGACAACAAGUGCCUGGUACACGUGGUGCGCUCAGCCAACGUGCGCUACAGCAAGGUGCGCCCGCUGCACCCACUCUGCCAGUUCGACGUGUGCCGCCACGAGGUGCGUUACGGCUGCCAGCGCGAGGAUAGCUGUUCCUUCGCCCACUCCGUCAUCGAGCUCAAGUGCUGGGUGCUGCAGCAGGACACUGGCAUCACGCACGAGGAGAUCGUUCAGGAGUCGAAAAGGCACUGGCACCGGCUGGAGCAGAACGCGCAGAGGCAGAAGCCUCUGCAUAUGCCAGCCCCAGCCAGUGUGGCAGGAGGAGUAGGAGGAGGUGGCGGUGGGGGAGGUAGCGAUGCCGUCGGUGGAGGUGGUGGUGGACGAGCUCGCGGGCUGAACCUGAAGAUGAAGUUUGUGUGCGGCCAGUGUUGGAGGGACGGCCUGGUCAGCGAGCCCGACAAAGCGCUCAAGUACUGCACCGCAAAGGCCCGGCACAGCUGGACAAAAGAACGCAGGGUGCUACUGGUCAAGUCCUUUGAGAAGAAGAAGUGGGUGGUGGUGCGGCCGCUGCCGUUCUCCAGGAGCUACCCGCAGCAGUAUGAUAUGUGCGUCCACGUCAUGAAGCAGAAGAAAUGCCACUACAUCGGGAACUGCUCCUUCGCCCACAGCCUGGAGGAGAGGGACGUCUGGACCUACAUGAAGAACAACAACCUGCGGGACAUGCAGCAGAUGUAUGACAUGUGGUUGACGCUGACCAAUCAGAACCGUCACCCGGAUGGCACCCUGGUGACUCCGCCUCCAGAGGAGAAACACAUCGCCUUGCCAACGGACUACACGGAGCCCAUGAGCGGCUUCCACUGCCGCCUCUGCGGCAAGCACAGCAACAGCGAGCGCCAGUGGCAGCAACACAUCUCCUCGGAGAAGCACAAGGACCGCGUGUUCAGCUGCGAGGCCGAGGACGAGGGCCUGGCAUGGAAGCACCGUUUCCCGGGACCCAGGUUCACACUCUGUCCCAGGUUAGAGGGUGGCUGUCCGGACGGAGUGAGCUGUGACUGCGCCCAUGGCGAGGAGGAGCUCACAGAGUGGCUGGAGAGGCGGGACUUCCUGCGGCGUAAGCUGGCCAAAGCCCGUGACGACAUGCUGAUCGCACCCAACGACAUCGACUUUGGGAAGUACAACUUCCUCCUGCAAGACUGAGUCGCCAUGGCGCUUAUAGCCGAACACACACACACACACACACACACACACAUACAGGCAUAAUCACGUACAAGCGGAAAAAUUGUCGGACUUAUGUUAUGGAGAAACCCUUCCGACAUCCCUUACCCGACACACGCAGAGUCACAGGUGCACAUGUUAAAGCGCAGGUGAAGAGGACAUUUUUGUUUCUUUUUUUCCUUUUUUGCCCCUUCCAUCCCCCCAAAUAUGACCAUUUCUUACCACUCGGUAGCCAUAGUUACCGCUACAUCCGUCCCCAAGACUUGUCCCUUAAAGUUGGAAGUGAGCCCAAAUGGAGAAAAGCAGGUAAGAUUCCAACAGCUCCUACACAGGCAGAGUCAUCGAGUCCUCACAGGCUAGGUGACAGCGUCGUUCUAGUGACAGCGUGGGUGGGGGGGGGUUCAGUCCUGGUCACCCAGAGCCUUGAGAAACACCAGGGAAUGCGAGCGAGCAUCUGGGUGAUUUUAAAGUCUUGAAGCAGUUGUACAACUACAGUAGUGUGAGAUCCCGCAAAACCCUGGGUUCGUGUGGACCGAGGUCCAUCCCCCCUGCCUUUAUCUGCCAUAUUGGUAGCAGGACAUGGAUGUCACACUGUAAACUUGUCUAAUGCGAGCAAUUCUCAGCUCAUGUGGUGUUCCCCUCGGUCCAUGCAGUUAGUGUGGGGGGGAGGGGCAGCUCUAACGUCAUGGCAGGUGUGGGUGGGGAAGGGCCUAAUUAGCGAUAAUUAUCAAACGACCACAUGGUGGUGGUCUGGCCUAUACACACGUCGGCAUUUAAAUAAAUUCUUAAAGGUAUCCUGCUCCGAUGCGGUUUUUAAGUUUGGUAAAUUUACUUUAAUGAAUUUUUGUCUGUAGUACAGCAGGAUUAGCAGUUUAUUUUUAGCUGGGGCUGGUCAGUGCACUAUGCGUAUACUCGAGGUCGACUAGACAAAGCCUUUAUUAUGGGGGAAUUUUGUAAGGGGGCACCAGAAGUGGGUGAAGUUAGCAGAAGUUCAAGAAUAAUGAAUAUAACUUGCUAAUAUCAUCUAACCACUUGUCCUUAUAUGGCAUCAUUGAAAAUUUAUAUAUAAAAGUAUGUGUGUGUAUAUUUACGCAUACACAUGUAUACGUAUAUAAGGUAUAUAAAUCCAAAAUAAAUCUGUAUACUAAUAAUAGACAACUUAGCCAUUAUGCUUAAUUAAAUAAGAUCAUACUUGUAUGGAUUACAUAGUACACUUGUUAUUGACUCUUGCGCUAUACUAUAUGAACUGUAUGGAUAGAUGAGUAGACAUUUUGUUUUUGUAAGGGUCAUUCCAGACAAUGGUGAUUUGAAUGCAGGACCUUAUAGUGAGUAACAUCCAUAAUCCUGGUCUGAAAUGUACAGAAAACAGCACAGAAAUAAGGGGCGAGUCCUUGAGGAGAACCUUGAACAUCUUGAUGGACUGGAAUAAAAGUGGAUAUUACAUGGUGCAAACUGGUUUGUGCUCCAUGAAUACUGGUUCCAGUGCCGACUGUAGCUUCCUCCUAAUUUUUAUAUCUAACGGGUUCAAACUUGUUUCAUUAAUCAUUAUGUAAGAACUAACCUAGGAAAAUAUGUUGGUGUGUUUUGAGAAUCUUCUACCGUAAUCACCUUUUAUCUGAUUUGUACUACGGAGUCACCUGCCUGUACAGAGUAACGGGUGCAGUUCCAGAGAAGACCAGUAAGGUCUUUCGGUGUCUUACUGGCAGUUCUCUGGAGGUUGUCAGCCGGCGGUUUUAGCGCACAUUAGAUGGUGCGUCGUAAGACAGGCCAGACACUCACUGGGGUCAUUGCGGCUAAAGUGUAAGCUACGGUAUCCUGGAUGCUGACAAACACGAUGGCUCUGCGGCUCUGGAGCAGUAACAGAGACAGGCUCUUUGGGCUGAGCGGGGCGGUGACCAAGGAAAAUGCUGAGAUUCAGUUAAUGUAAGGUGACUGCUGGUGUCCAUGCAGACAAGGUGGCCAGUGGACUGUAGCCCUGCACCCUUGGUGGACAGUUUGAGGGACUGCUGUCUGGAAUGACUUUCUAUAUUGAGAGGGUUGUUUUAUGUUUGUUAUUAUUAUUGAUUAUGAGUAUGAUUACUAUUACUAUUUUUGGUUCUCCUUAUGCUAUUGAUAUAUAUGCAUUAACUGCUGUUUUGUUUAUUGUUCAAAUAGCUCUGGGUUGGGCCUAUAUCGACUACCGAUUACCAGUGGAUUGUAUCGCAUUUUGCUUAUUGCGAGGGCAGAUCAUACUCUGCACCAAGGACAUCAAAUUCAUUUCUGAGGCUUGUGUGUUUGCAGGUUUAUCCCUCUCUAUCUUCCUCUUAAUUUCUUAAUUAUCUCCAUUAUUGUUACUCUCUUGCUUAAUAAUUAUGAUUGUAGUGUGUUGGGUGAAAUUUUGCUGGUAAGGACCAGGUCCAGGUUGUAUUGAGGGAUCCGAAAUGAAGAUGUGCAGGGUAGGGAGAUGGGACCCAGCUUGCACACAGCUGUACAGUCUAACCCCACUUGGCCUACCCUUCAUAUAGAGUUCACUUGGGGUCAACAGUGUGAGCUCAUCUACACGGGGUGUAAGUACACAGGGCCAAUGUUUCCUAAACCAUUCAUCAGUAGCCGCACGACGUAUUUCUAAAGCAACACAAAUUCAACAUAGAGUGUAAUGAAUGAAAAAUUUGCCCCUGUGAAAAUGGAUCUGAAUGCAGAGAGUAAAUAUUAUAAAUGUCUUAUUUCUUAAUGACGCCUCAUACGUGAAUACAAAGAAGAUUUAAAAGGGAAAAUGGAAAAAAAGGAAGCCUGUUGGAUUUUUUUUUGCGUUUGUUUUUCUUUGUCCUUCCUGGCUGAGACUGAAUUAUGAAAGCAGUGGACCAAAUUUUGUAUUAAAAAAAAAAUGGAAAAAAACGAAAAAAAGGAAAACGUUUAACAAUAAACAGAUCGUUUUAAAAAG